AUGUCGAUGUUCCGGGCCAAGAAGCUCGAUAUUGGCUGCUUCGUCAAUAUUAAGACAAUUCGAGAUCACUCCAAGAGGAAGGCAUAUGCUCAAUUCGAGCCUGAGAGACAAGCCUUGCGAUACAUUAUCAGAAAUACCACCCUUUCUCCUCAUGCGCGAGCUGAGGCCCAGCUGCAGUUGACACAGAUGCACUGCUACACGCGACCGACGCAAAUCCGAGGACGAUGUAUAAUGGGUGGCAAGGGCAGAGGUGUACUGCGCGACUUCAAGCUCUCAAGAUACAAUUUCAGAAUGCAGGCAAUAUAUGGUAACCUACCAGGUGUGAAGAAGGCUAGCUGGUAG